CUCUGUCGAGGUGACAAUGUGCUAGGAGCACCGCUCCGUCUCCUGCGCCUCCUCGGCCUGGGCGCCCCCUGGCCGCGCUCGCCGAGCCUCGCGGCCACUCGCCGCGCUAUGUGGGAGCGUCUCCAGCGCUGGCCGAGGCUGGGGCCGCCUUGCUCUUCUCGCCGCCGCGAAGAAGUGUGAAGAGAGACGCGGGCGGGAGCCGGGGCUGCGAGCGGUGCGGGCUCCAGGUGAGCAUCGCUCUCGGCGUAGCUGGCCGCCGGCGGGGCUCGAUCCUGACAGCAUCCCGAGCGCCGAGCGCCGACCGCCGAGCUCUCACCGCGGGAUCCUCUGCCACCAGACCAGAUGAAUUUUGUAGAAGUAUUUUGAAGAUGAAUGUUUUCAAAUUUUGAAAUAGUCAAGCGCCAUAUAUGGCAGCUGUGUGAAUUGGAUUCUGGUGCAUAUCCCAGUGACCAGACCAGCAGUCUUCAUCUGCUUUAUGGGAUGCAUCCUGCUUUUGUCCUGGAGUUCACCUCUUUGGCUUGGAUUUAUCUCAGGAACAUUUGUCUUCAGUCUCCGAUUUAAGUAGAAGUCAAGCAUGAGGAGAUUUGUCUACUGCAAGGUGGUCCUGGCCACAUCGCUGAUGUGGGUCCUGGUUGAUGUCUUCUUACUCCUGUACUUCAGCGAGUGUAAUAAAUGCGAUGACAAGAAGGAGAGAUCCCUGCUGCCUGCACUGAGGGCUGUUAUUUCAAGAAAUCAAGAAGGUCCAGGAGAAAUGGGAAAGGCUGUGCUUAUUCCAAAAGAUGACCAAGAGAAAAUGAAGGAAUUGUUUAAAAUCAAUCAGUUUAACCUCAUGGCCAGUGACUUGAUUGCCCUUAACCGAAGUCUGCCGGAUGUGAGAUUAGAAGGAUGCAAGACGAAAGUUUACCCUGACGAACUUCCAAACACAAGUGUAGUCAUUGUGUUCCAUAAUGAAGCUUGGAGCACUCUACUUAGAACUGUCUAUAGUGUCAUAAAUCGCUCUCCACACUACCUGCUCUCUGAGGUCAUCUUGGUUGACGAUGCCAGUGAAAGAGAUUUUCUCAAGUUGACAUUAGAGAACUAUGUGAAAACUUUAGAAGUGCCAGUAAAAAUUAUCAGAAUGGAAGAGCGCUCUGGGUUGAUACGUGCCCGUCUCCGAGGAGCAGCUGCUUCAAAAGGACAGGUCAUAACUUUUCUGGAUGCACACUGCGAGUGCACCUUAGGAUGGCUGGAGCCCUUGCUGGCGAGAAUAAAGGAAGACAGGAAAACAGUUGUGUGUCCCAUCAUUGAUGUUAUUAGUGAUGAUACCUUUGAAUACAUGGCUGGAUCAGACAUGACUUAUGGUGGUUUUAACUGGAAACUAAACUUCAGAUGGUAUCCUGUUCCUCAAAGAGAAAUGGAUCGAAGGAAAGGAGACAGAACAUUACCUGUCAGGACCCCUACUAUGGCUGGUGGCCUAUUUUCUAUUGACAGAAACUACUUUGAAGAGAUAGGAACAUACGAUGCAGGAAUGGAUAUCUGGGGUGGAGAGAAUCUUGAAAUGUCUUUUAGGAUCUGGCAAUGUGGAGGCUCUUUGGAGAUUGUGACUUGCUCUCACGUCGGUCAUGUUUUUCGAAAGGCAACUCCAUAUACAUUCCCUGGUGGCACUGGCCAUGUCAUUAACAAGAACAACAGAAGACUUGCAGAAGUUUGGAUGGAUGAAUUUAAAGAUUUCUUCUACAUCAUAUCCCCAGGUGUUGUCAAAGUGGAUUAUGGAGAUGUGUCAGUCAGAAAAACACUAAGGGAAAAUCUGAAGUGUAAGCCUUUUUCUUGGUACCUAGAAAACAUCUAUCCGGAUUCCCAGAUCCCAAGACGUUAUUACUCACUUGGUGAGAUAAGAAAUGUUGAAACCAAUCAAUGCUUAGACAACAUGGGCCGCAAAGAAAAUGAGAAAGUGGGUAUAUUCAACUGCCAUGGCAUGGGAGGUAACCAGGUGUUUUCUUAUACUGCUGACAAAGAAAUUCGAACUGAUGACUUGUGCCUGGAUGUAUCCAGACUCAAUGGACCCGUAAUCAUGUUGAAAUGCCACCAUAUGAGAGGAAAUCAGCUAUGGGAAUAUGAUGCUGAGAGACUCACUUUGAGACAUGUCAACAGUAACCAAUGUCUGGAUGAACCUUCUGAAGAUGACAAGAUGGUGCCCACUAUGCAGGACUGCAGUGGCAGCAGAUCUCAACAAUGGUUGCUGAGGAACAUGACCUUGGGGGCAUGAAGACUGUUUCUCCCAAGAUGUGAAUGAACGUCUCUACACUUUUGUUUAUCCAUUGUUUUGGUUUGGUGAAAUUAUUAACUUUGCCGAAUUAAAAGUUUUAAAAAAUACUUUUAGUAUUCUAAAACACAGUUGUUUAUAAUUCAUUUUUAGGAAUGUUUAUUUCCCUACUAAAAUUUGUAUCUGAUUAAAGAAGCACAUAAAAUAUAAGUAAUAGGAUACCGUUAUUAAACAUUUGAACUGUUUGGGGAAAAAUACACUUUGCGUUUCCUUUUAAAAUGUCUUUAUUAGCCUCUUGUCACAGAGUUACUUGGGGUUGAUUUUUUAUUUUAUGUUGUAAUAAUGAUGAAAGAGAGAUCAUGUAAUGCCUUAUACUAUAUCUUAAUUAUGAAAUAUUAUCAUUGCUUUAUAAAACUUUCUUUUAAAAAAAUGCUUCAUGGAACCACGAUGAAUUUCUAUGCUAACAGUUGGAACACUUAAAAAUUGAAUUCAUAACACAAAAUGAUCAGUACAAAGAAAAAAAUUAAGUUUGCUACUGAAUUCUUAGAAUAUUAUAUUAUCAUACCAAAUAAAGGACUUAGAAAUUUAUUUUACAUAAAAAAUUUAAGUCUAAUAAUGAAGAGAGUGAGUCUGAUAUCGAGAAAAACAAGAGCAUUAUAAACUCCAGGAAUCGCUGGGAGAGAAUCUUCACCUCCACCUGAGGACAGUCUCACUCUGAGACUUGAUUUCAGGAUCUGAAUCCCCAGCUGCCCUUUCUGUCUGCAUACACAAAGCUGCACCUUUUCCCUUCACUCUAGGACUGUAGGUGAAAGGUGACCUUUUAGAUUCAAUUUAAAACUGUUUCUACCACUUUUAGUUCAGUCAGUGAUGUCAUUGGCACUUUGUAUUUUAUUUUUUAAAAAGUAUGGCGCUAUAAUAAUUUAUUGCUAUAGUAUUAAAUCUAACAUCAAUCAUUGGAAAACAAAAUUCAUGAGAAUUCAUUAAUGUGAUAUUAAUUAAACUACUAGAUAUGGUUUGGAGUGAAAUGUGGCUCAGUCUUAUUUAGGGGAUGUCAUGUGUUAUUUCAACUUUAAAAUUCCUUUGUUCACAGUGAACGAACUGAUGUUGUGAAAAAGACACAAACACAGUGAUGGGAUGUCAACAAAUUUUUAUAUUUAAUAUUUAAGUAACCAUCUAGUUGUGUAUGUACAUUUGAUUUGUGUCUCUAGCAGCUAGAGGAAUUCUAUGGGCGUGGAAAUAGAAGAAGAUUCUUCAGGAGUAGAAAGUCCGUUCUUUUGACCUUUUGUUUUAGAUGAUCUAGAAAAAGCAUUAAUUGCUAGCUACACCUUUCUUUAGUCUAUCCACCACCUUUUAUCUUUGUCUUUCUCUCCUGUCUCUGUCUCUAUCUUUCUCUGCCCCCAUGCGCUCUCUCUCUCUCUCUCUCUCUCUCUCUCUCUCUCUCUCUCUCUCUCACACACACACACACACACACACACACACACACCCCUUUAGAAUGAAGAUAGAUUUUUCUCAAGACCUUUAUUUUCCUAGCUGCUUUCCCUUCCACUUUGGCUCCACACUGUUGGAACUGUGAAAAACAAUCCAACUUGGAAAGCUUCAGGUUUGUUGUUUAAAGCUCAAGCAUCCUUUACUCCAAGAACUUCAAGGAAUUCUUAGAUUCCCAAAAUUUUGGACAAAAGAUUUAAUAUCAGAGCUUUUAUUCAUGGGAUAGACAUUAUUCAUACCAUCUCUAACAGAAACCCAUGGCUCUCAAAAGACAGUCAAUUUUAAACUGAUCAUGAUCACUCAAGUCACCUGAAGCCUAUAAACAAGUUCAUUUUCUGUCUCCACUCUUUUCUCCUAUGCUUUCUUCUUGUUCUGACUCAAUAAACAUGAAAUACCCCUAUAUAUUAUUUUUCAGAAAAUUAAAAAAGUGUAAACUCUCAAGUUCAUUAUAUAAUGUCUUCUACCUAUGGCAAUCAAAACACAUAUUAUAGAUAGGGAGUGUGGUCAAUGACAUUUUGAAAGAAUAUAAUCGCUUAAUGGGAGCUAAAAUUGAAGCAUCUCAGAAACAUUUUAUGUAAAUGAAAAUUUGUUAUGGUCACAUUGAAAUACAUAAGAACAUAAGAAACACUCUCAAAGACUCCUCAGGUGACUUGAAUAUAUGCUGUGUAGUGUCUGAAAAUUAAAAAAAAAAUAGGCGUGUGGAGAGACAAAAUGAUACAAAACAUUGAAACCAGAAAGAUUUAAGUUCUUCAAAAAUAUUUGCCUUCAGUAAAGUAAAUGAAAGCCUUGAUUGGAAUCACAGUGAGUCACACAUACACACACACACACACACACACACACACACACACACACACACACACUGAUCCGGGCAAGUAGAUUUUUUCAGUUGAUUCAGUCUAUACAUUCCUCUGGGUUUUUCUCAUAAGGAAAAACUCAGUUUCACCUUUUAGGAUGUUCAAGUCAAAACUAGAGAGUUGAGAAUUGAGGGAUCAUUCACACAAUUGGCAAAAGUGUUCAUGUCCCACCACCCCCAGCAUGUAAACCUGAGCCUGAGCCCAAGCACCCGUAUUUAGAAGAGCAAGUAACCACUAGAUUGCUGGCAUGUGUUUUUAAUCCUAGCACUGAGUGGGUGAAGAGCAGUGAAUUCCUUGAGUUUCCUGGUCAUCCAGUUUAGCUUAAUUGCAAAGCUCUAGGCCAAAUGAGAGAUUGUGUCCAUAAAACCAACUGAUGAGGCCUUUGAUUGACUUCUGACAUCCACAUGUGCAUUCACGUCCUGUUUGUGUGAGCGUGCACACACAUAUAAAAUAGGUAAAGUCACUUUUGACUUUUCUUUCUCUUUCAGACUUUCCAAUCCUUCCUACCUGCAUGGAACUGCCUGCAGCCAAAAUUAAUGAGAAGUUGGCUAAAAACAAAAUUUAAACUUGAUCAAGAUAUGUUUAGAAAUCCACACUUUUUUGAUAACUGACUACAUUGUGGUCAAGUGCUGAUUUUGUAGAUGACAACAUCAUGUUGCAAUGUCAAAAGGUUGGGCAAAAUAAGUCUAACCAUCUGGAAAUUGAAGUUAACUUAAUUCUCUCUUUGGUAUAUAACCAGAAACCAUCCAUUGUAUGUUAAUAUUUCUGACCUUCUAAAUCCCAUGCAGUAUUACUAUAACACCAUAUUUUUCCCAAGUCUUAUGCUACCCAAUGCUACACUUGUUUUCUUAAUUACAACAGUCACACAGAUACUGUUAAAAACAAAUUAUUACAUUUCCCUGAACAUAACCUUCUCAUUAAUUUUCAACUCAUCACAUAGUUCCUGUCAUGUCUCUAUGUGCACUCCACAAAACAUAUAUGCACAAACUCUCUGCACAUGGAUAUGUGCAUAACACAGCAUUUACAUGUGUGUACAUGCACAUGCAUAGAUAUCUCUUUUGUUUUGUAUUUUUUUUUUUGAGACAGGGCUUCUCCGUAGUUUUGGAGCCUGUUCUGCAACUAGCUCUUGUAUACCAGGCUGGUCUCAAACUCACAGAGAGUUCUCUGCCUCCCAAGCCCUAGGAUUAAGAGUGUGAGCCGCCAGUGCCCGGCGAUAUUUCUGUUUUCUAAUCUCUUAUCAUCUUUCAUUUCAUUACACUGUCCUGGCUGCCAAGCAAGUUACUGCUUUAGUGUUGGUUCUAUCUGUCCCAUACAUGUCACUCUUUUUUUUUUUUUUUUGGUUUUUCGAGACAGGGUUUCUCUGUGGUUUUGGAGCCUGUCCUGGAAUUAGCUCUUGUAGACCAGGCUGGUCUCGAACUCACAGAGAUCCGCCUGCCUCUGCCUCCCAAGUGCUGGAAUUAAAGGCGUGCGCCACCACCGCCCGGCUACAUGUCACUCUUUUUAAUUUUCUUUAGGUUUCUUUUCAAACAUUACCUAUUUAGUAUAACACAUUCUUGUCCUGUCUGCACUUUCUUGCUUUUAUAUCUCUGACCAAAAAUAAAUCUACUCUUUUAUUUACAUCAAUUUCUGCCAGUCUCCAACACACACUUGGGAAUACAAUUACAUUUAUUUCAAUCUUUUGAUUUCAGUGCCAAGUCCACAUCUUUGUAAGGUGUAAGCACCCUAUUGCCAAUCUACAAACCCAGGCAUUGAAGUCUUUUAUAAACCAAGGUUUAUACUAGUUUUGCCCACUGGCUAUAUUUAGCUUCUUUUGUUAUCUCUUGGCAUACACUAAUUAUACUUCUGAAACUAAUGAGAUUAAGAGUGUGUUGAAGUUGUUAAGAAGCAUUGUAUCAUAAGAUUUCAUAUUUAAAACUCUAGAGUCCAGAAACAUCUUUACAGAGAAUUUUUAGAGCUUUGUUUCCAAAUGUUCAUUUUUCCCCAAAUCCUUCAUAUUAAAGGACUAUAUGUUGUCAUCUCUGUUAAAAUCACCUGCCUUAUGGAAAUGAAAUAUAUCAUUUUAUUAAAAUGCUGCUUUAAGAUAUAAGUUGCUUCACUUUACUGAAAAAAUAUAGUCUCAGCUUUUUGGUUGUGUUAGAUUGAUCACAGAAGGGCUAAGAUUUUUGAGUCUAAAAAGGAGAUAAUACAUUCUUUCAAAAUCAUGUUUAUUUUCAUGUUUUGACAAUGACUAUAUAAAGUUUAUUUUCAAUGUAAAAAUCUAUUAACAAAAGAUAUUAUAGAAACCUUAAAACAUUAAAGAUGUUAUACCAUUAAUUUCUGUGUUUAUAGAUUAUAAAACUGAGCCAUGGACAUAUAGUGUAGCUUGCCCAAAGAUCAUAGUAUUAUAAACUAAGCUGCCAAGACUCCUAAAACUACUGCCAAAAAUAUAUAAAGGCACAAUAAUGGAAAAAUAACCUUCGUCAAAAUCUUUUAUUAGUAACUUGAUUCUUAUUGCUUUUUAUUAUUUAAUAAAAUUUGUCCAAUAAAAUAAGACCACAGACAAUAGAAGACCUGCAUCACAGUGAUUAUUUUCCCUGAAAAUAUAAUGUUUACAGAAGUGUAGAACACCCUAGCACCAGCACACAAAUGGUUUGAGGAAAGCAGCAGCAAGCUUUUCAGUAGUAACUGGUAGAAAUCUGUUAUCAUCUGUUUUCUUGCAAUUCUCUUGAAGGUAAAGUGAGGCUGACCUACAGCUUACACAGCCUCUUAAACCGUCCAUUCCUGAGAACACUGAGUGAGUUCUGUGUUUGCAGCUUUGCAGAGUACAGAGAAACCAGAAAACGUUUCUAGGUCUCCCAGGGUCGCUUUGUUAUAAGCAUAAUAUGUAAAUUUGAUUUCUCCUUAGUGCUUAGAAACAGCCCAAUAAAUAAUAAGGAAAACAAAGGAGGGGAAAAUAAACUGCUAUGAUAAAAUAGCAUAACUGGAUUUUAAUGGUUUUCUUAAAAUUAGCGAGAGGUUAAGGAUACAGUAGAGUUGGUUCAGCAAACUUCAGAAUAUUGGUUGCUCCCGUACAUAUGGUUACUCCAUUUGAGAGGUGAACAAGCAUAGUCAUAUCCAUUGUAUCUGAUCUAGGAAAUCAAGUUUUAGUUUCAAAAGAGGCAAAAUUGAAUGCAUUCUUAAAUUGCAGGCAUAAUGAUUCGAAUAAAUACGAAAAAAAUAAAGACCUCACCAAAUAUGAACCUUAUCCUUGAGAUGUUAUUUUGUUCAACUGAGAACUUACAACUUUGACUAAAUGUCCAGUGUAAUUGGCCAGCAGGAAUUCAGUGUGUCAUCAGAGCUUGUGUUUCAAGAUUCAGUCAUAAGCUCCCAAAACGUCAGAUAGGGAGUGGAAACACGGCAUUUCUUCUGUAUCACAUAGGAGUGUCUGGUUUGAUUACACCAUUUUCAGAGUGUUAUCAAGUAUAAAAUACUGUAGGCAGCUAAGGUGUUGGAUGACUAGCAAUUUGUUUAACUAGUUGGUAUAGACUUGUUCCUGGUUUUUGUUUUUUAGUGUUUUAUAAAUUUGAAGAGAAAUUUUCAUUUAAUUUAUUUUUAACAUCUCCCUGAGAAAGUAGUGAUUCAACACAGUCUUCUGUCGAGAUAUUUCAGGUGAGGACCACUCUCUGAUAAUUGGCUCAUCAUUAUGUACAGUAAUGCUUUACUGACAUUGUUGUUGUGGGAGGAGGAAUCAUUCUCCUCUGUCUGGUGAGUUAGAAUCAAAAAGAAUAUUAGAUAUUGUUUCAUCUAAGAUGUUUCUGAAACAGAUGCUUCAAAACUAAAAUUUUCAUCCUGUGUUUAACGGUGCGGUUAAAACUUAAAGACAAUGCUGUUUGGGUCCUGGUGUUUCUUCAUCUAAAAAUAGCACAAGGGAGAAACAGGAACCCAUAACCACAGAACUUUCUUUGAGAUGGGUGGGGACCAUCAGUUUUUAAAAUCAGUGUAGUCACAGCUAGAGAAAGUAAUCUCAAAAAUGUUUAGACAUGUUCCACACAGAGGAUUGUGCAUAAAGAUUUAAACAUUUUAAAUGUUGUAAGCAUUACGAAAUGGUAUAAUUGUUCUUUUGCUGUAAAUUUAAAUAUUUAUA